UUAAUAAAAAGUGAGAAUCACAACACAAAGAAAGGCGAAAUGAAAAAGAAAUAAGCUUUUGUUUCGUCCCGUUAAAAGCUGUUUUUGAUGGCUGUGCACUCUCUAACCCAACUUCCUGCCUUGCUCGUGGGCAUGGCUUUCCGAGUUUCAACGUUCUUCGCGAUACCACUCUGUUUCUCUCCUUCACGUUCUCUCUCUGUUACUGUACUGUUUUUCUUUCUUAAUUUAUUAAAUCCAAAACAAUUUUUGAGGUAGUAGCUCUCUGACAUGCACUACCCACCACCACCUCCAUCACUAUCCUCCAGGCCACAGAAUAUAAAAUAAAUUAAACUUUUAGGCUUUUUAGCCAUUUAAGAUUAGGAUUAAGAAUUAUGAUUCAUAUUAGCUGUGCAUUUCCAUGUUACAUUCCAUUAAUUAAUCAAAUCUCCUCUGUCUCACAACCUGUCACAGUUGAACAAGUGGGGGGCUCUUCUUCAUCCAUAUUUAGUCUUUAUUUACCUCACAUUUUCUGGCUUCUUCUGAUGUUUUUGUUUUUCUAGUGGUGUCGCUGUAAGUGUAAAUGCAGCUUCGUUUAAGUACAUUAUCAUUUUUUGAUGGGGAAGAAAGGAGGUAGCUCUUGGUUGACUGCUGUGAAAAGGGCUUUUAGAUCUCCUACUAAAGAGAUUGACAAAAGGGUUAGCAGAAGAAGGGAGGACCAUGACCAAGAAGAAGAUGAAGAAAAGAAGAGAGAGAAGAGAAGAUGGAUAUUUAGGAAACCGACGAAUCAAGAAGCGGUGACUCCACCCAAGACAGCAACUGAUAAGGCUUACAGUAGUGGUGGUAGCGCGGCACCGACAGACCAUGUGUCGACGGCGGCAGCUGAGCACAAACAUGCCAUUGCAGUAGCCAUUGCCCAGGCACCGGCACAAGUUGCUCGGCUCACUAGGUCUUCUUAUCAUGCCAGAGAAAACUAUGCUGCCAUUGUUAUUCAAACCGCUUUCAGGGGAUAUCUAGCAAGAAGAGCACUUCGUGCACUUAAAGGACUUGUAAAGUUGCAAGCUUUAGUAAGAGGACAUAAUGUAAGAAAGCAAGCUAAGAUGACCUUGCGAUGCAUGCAAGCCCUAGUUCGAGUACAGGCUCGAGUGCUAGAUCAACGCGUAAGGCUUUCACAUGAAGGCAGCAGGAAAUCCACAUUUAGCGACACCAAUAGCGUAAUUGAGUCACGAUAUCUUCAAGAUAUUUCAGAUAGAAAAUCAAUGUCAAGAGAAGGAAGUAGCAUUGCAGAUGAUUGGGAUGAAAGACCGCAUACAAUUGAGGAAGUUAAGGCAAUGUUGCAACACAGGAAAGAGGCUGCAAUGAAGCGUGAAAAGACCUUAUCUCAUGCUUUCUCUCAACAGAUAUGGACGACUCGUAGAAGCCCAUCAAUAGGAACUGAAGAUGAGCUCCAAGAAAGACCGCAAUGGCUUGACCGCUGGACACCUGCAAAACCAUGGGAUAGCAGCAGAGCAAGAGCUUCAACAGAUCAAAGAGAACCCAUUAAAACUGUAGAAAUUGACACUUCACAGCCUUACUCAUAUUUAGCGACAAAUUUUAGAAGAACCAACCACCCCCAAUAUAACCAACACCACCACCACCACCAACCAAGGCCUAAUUCUCCUCUUCACAGAGCCCAUCAAACAGCAACUCUCCACCUCCACUCUCCCAUUACACCUUCUCCAUCAAAAACCAGGCCUGUGCAAGUCAGGUCAGCGAGCCCGCGUUGUGGAAGAGAAGAUAGAAGCUAUAAUCCCUCCCAAACGCCAAGCCUAAGAUCUAAUUACUACUACACUGGCAAUUUGCAUCAACAUGGAAGAAAUGGAGCAAGUGGUAGUAAUGCUGGUAAUUCAAAUUUGCCUAAUUACAUGGCUGCAACAGAGUCUGCUAAGGCUAGAGUUAGAUCCCAAAGUGCACCAAGGCAAAGGCCAUCAACUCCAGAAAGAGACAGAGUUGGGUCAGCAAAAAAACGGCUUUCUUUUCCUGCUCCAGAUCCAUAUAGCGCAGGGAUUGGCUAUGGCGGUGGUUUUGGUCAUGGGUUAAGGAGUCCAAGUUUUAAGAGUGUUAGUGCCGUACAAUUUGGUGGUUUAGAACAACAGUCUAACUAUUCUUGCUGUACGGAAAGUCUUGGAGGUGAGGUUUCACCUUCUUCAACCAGUGACCUUAGGAGGUGGUUGAGGUGAUAUAAUAACUCCACAAUGUGAUUCAUGAAAUUUUAAUUUUUCUCAAUUUAAUUCGUGACUGUGACUUUACAAAUGGUUGUUAGUUUGUAACGUUGAAACAGAGUAUUCAUUAAUUGUGCUUCCUUUUUCUUUUACCAUAUUGUUCUCAAUAUAUUCAUUUGAACUUGUAAUCUU